ACAUUUUUGCAUAGCAGGCUAUGCCAUUCACUAUGGCUACCACAACGUUUCACUAGUCUAGGAUUUUGUUAAAAAAGGAAAAUAUUCGUGAUUUAUUAAAGUUGUGAGGAUAAAAACAAAAAUGUGAUAUUCUUUCUUUCAGUGCAAUUUUAUAAACAACUUUUUGUUUUCCCAUAAAAAUAAAAUAAAUUUUGAGAGACCUUAGUCAUUGUGCGGCGACAAACAUUUUUAAUGUUGUAAUAUCUGUUUUUUGUUGUAAUUACACACAUUUUCAAUAAAUUAACCAUCUAUUGGGAAAUUGUAUGAAAUUGUAUUGUUAAGCAAACAUUUUUAUAAACAAAUUUGAAAUAGUUCUAGGAUAUGUUUGUUCAUAUUGUAUGUUAAGCUUUUAAAGCCAUCCAACAACAAUAAAUCUCACGGAUACACAUCAAUAAAAACAUAAUUUGUUGUGAGUUAUAUCUGGAAAAUAGUCAUAAAACGUCAUUGCUUAUUAUUUUGCCAUUAGUGCCUGAAACAUACGUUUUUCCAAUUCAAAUCUAAUUGAUGAAUUCUAUAGUGAUACCUCCUCUGUAACAUCAUUCAGUAAAAAAGUUGACAUUUCAUGCCGAAAAUACUAUAUAUAUCCAAAAAUAUAUAUAAUUGACAUUCCAAAAGUUCUAUUAUUUAUGUACCUACAUAAAUUAUUAUCAUAUACUAAUACCUAUGAAGGACGACAAAUGAACUAGAUCGCAAUUUUGUUUAAUCGUAAGCGAGCGAGAUAUAGGAUAUAUAUUUGAAAUAGACUCAUAUAUAUCGACAUACACAUAAUUGGGUUGAAGACUAUAAAUGAACAAUAAGCAUAUACUUGAUCUUACUUUUCGAUUAUCUCAAUCUCUCGAUCAGAACUAUGAUGUCGUUAGUAUGGAGACAGUUUUGUCGGUCAUUUCGGCGCUGGAGGGAACAACGAUUACAAAGGAACAAUUGGAAGCCACCAGAUUGGCCAAGUACAUUAAUCAAUUAAGAAGACGUACAAAAUGUGAAAACUUAGCUCGCCGUGCAAAAUCUUUACUGAAAAAAUGGCGGGAAAUGGUAGGAAUACAACAGUCUAGUGAAUCAUCAUCAGCGGCGGUAGGUUCAGGCGCAGUAACUGCAACUGGGCCCACUGUGAGUAACCCUAUUUCCACAACAACCGCACCUUAUAAUAUGCCAGUCACCGACAAUGCAGUUUCUACGUCUCAUUUAAAAAAUCCUCAAAUUAGCCAUCAACAACAAAACAGACAAAAUCAAUAUGCAACUAGUGUGAAACAACAUCAAAUUCAACAACAGCCUUAUCAUUCACAACCAUCCUCGCCUGUAAAUCUUCAAGAUAAAUCCAAUCCCAAUGAAUAUUUAAUUUCAAUGUCCAACCCUGCGACCGGUUCACAGGUGACAAAAAGCUCAAUAACAAAUAUACGUAAGAAAAAAAGACUUGAAAAAAGUUUAAAUAACGAUUUAAUAAUUCAGCACCAACCGAAACAACAACCCACAAGUUUUGCCAAUUUAAUUACUGGUUUAGGUAAUACAUUUCCUUCAGAACGAAAAACUCCACGGGAAAAAUCCGAAACUGUUGCAUCGACCGUAAAACCAGUAGAAACAUUUAUAAUCGAACACUCAUCAAAUUCGAAUUCCGAUUUAAUAUGUUUACCAUCCAACAAUACUGUUAGUAAUUUUACCUCAGCAACUGAUGUUCCUCCCGUUGUAAUUGAUUUACAAGAUACCAAUUCUAGUAUGACUUCAUUAGUGUCAAAAGAUGUAACAAAUGUAUCCUCGUCGUUCUAUAAAACAAAAACUUCUACAAAGAAAUCAAAGAAAGAGAAAAAACGCAAAGAUCGUAACGUCACGUCACGUAAAAAUCAAUCGAUACAAGACUGUGAAGAUCAAAAUACAACAACUGCUUCCUAUCAGCAUAAACGGGCAUCUGAUGUAUUACAACUAGAUGAAAAGUCACAUUCUGCCUGCCCUACAAUAUCAAAUAUAUCUGAAAUUUUAUCACUGUCGAAUAGUUCAAUGAGUUCAGUAUUUCCUUCUACAGAUGCAAUAUCCAAAAAUGUUUUUCAGUCCGGCCAAAAUGAAUUAGCUGCUUCAUCUGUAAAAAUGUCUAAAGCAGAUUUGACAUUUGCAGGCAAAUUUAAACAAAAUACUAGUUCAACUUCAGGAGGAUGUAACGUUUUGAAUUAUAACAGCGAUAGUAUGAAUGUAAAUAUUUUGACUAUUAACUCUCCCAACCAAAAUAAAUUUUCACUAUUUGGGGGUGGUGUUGGAACAACAAAUUCAAACGACAGUUCUUCAAACAGUCGAAGUUCACAAUUUAAUGCUGUCAAUGCUAUUAAACCAGAAGCAAGUAAUAGCAAACAUAAUAUGGAAGAUAUACUAGUAAAGCCUGAUAUCAAUGAAAAGUCGAUGUCAAAUAUGUCUAACAAAGGAAACUCUUCGACAGAUAACUUAUUUGCUGGUGUUGGCUCAUCAACUAUUACACCAUCGCAGCAACAGCAAUCUAUAGAUUUGACCACAAUGGACUUUUCAUCACAACAAGCUGUAAAACAACCAAAGAAAAGAGGUCGUAAAAAGGGCUCUAAAGGAGUUGACUCCGUAAUUGCAAAGGAAACUAGUUUGUCAUCGCAAAUGCUAAUAUCGUCAUUAAGUGUAUCUGGUAAAAAAGUCAAAACCACCAAGGAACUCUAUGCUGAAAUGGAAAACAGAAAACUGCGCAAUGUCAAAAUAGUGGGACUAGGAGAAACUGCUGGUAAUUUGUCUGGAAAUUGGAAUACACAACAACAGCUUCAACAGAAACCAGUGAUUUCCCGCCGUCCAUCAUUUUGCUCAGAUAUUGCUGAAAGUGACAGCUGUACAAUGACUUCUGAACCAUCUCGCGAUAGUGGUAACACUUUAAGUAAGACUAUAGGUAAGCCUGAGACUCCAAUGGAUAAUAAUAGCAAUUAUUCUGAGUUAAAAAUGUCCAUUGCGAAAGGCGAUGAUGGUAGUACGCCUUCAAUUGAUCCAAAUUCAUCUUUAGCAAUAACAACCAAAAUUAAAAAUGAAAUACACGAAAUUUUAAAAUUAUUAACACCACCACCUAGUAUAAAAGAAAUUGAAUACCAUUGUUAUAAUAAUAUAACACCAUGUACUUGUACUGUUGAAGAAGUAAUUGCUCCUGCAGAAAAUGAUUCCAAUGAAAAUAGUAAUGGUGAAAGUAGCAUACCAGAUCCGAAUAUUAAUGUUGUUGCACAUUCACAUAUUCCGAAAAUAGAAACCAGUAGUUUUACUGCUAAUAAUGUUAGAAUUGCAGCCGACAGUUCUUCACCAAAAAGAGAUCAGAAAGUUUCGUUAUUGCCACAGCCACCAUCAAAAAUUAAGAAAUCUAUUUUUGACUUGGAUUUUGACGAUGACGAAGACCCCUUAAAAUCAAUAAUAGCCGAUAUUGUUGGCAAAAAUUCGAAACCAGACGCGGAGGCAGAAACAAACGUACCAGUUGUUAAUGAAAAACCUGAUAUCCCAUUAAGCACCGACGAUGAUCUCGGUAAAGUUGAUCAUCAAACUGCACCAUCAUAUGCCUUAAACGUUCCUACUACUUCUUCUGAUAUGAUAGUAUUUCCCUCGUAUGAAAUUAAAUACGACAAGGAUUGUGAAGCUAAAAACCGUUUCGACGUACAGACACAAAAAAUAACAAAAUUUCACAUAGAUACUUUACAUAAUUGUUUUAUACCCAAUGUAAAUGGCAACUGGAAUCAUUCCGAUUAUAUUGAUACCGCCGUUCGUUCUAAGUCAUUGGAAAGAAAUUCCAAUGGCAAUGACCAGGGGCCAGAAGAUUUAAUUAUGGAUGGUUACGAUGUAGUGCCAUUGUAUGGUUCGGAUAUAAAUGAACAAAUAAUUAAAGAUCUAAGCCAUGUCAAAUUUACAAAAAAAUAUAAAUUUAAACACACAAAAUGCAAAAAUGAAAUAUUAUUCCACAUACCAUUUUUGGGGGUAUCCCGUACACCUGAUGCUACAUGUGUUUCAGACGUCAAAAUGGGAAACAAAUACUUACAAAAAAUAAAGUUGGAAGAAAAGGAAAAUGAUGAUAAUAAAAUAAAUUUAAAUAAUACGAAAAACAAUUCUAUAUUACCCAACGAAAACGAAGGAUGUGAUGCCAAAGAGAUGGAGAGGGUACAGAACGUUGACUCUUCAAAUAUUAUUAAUUUAACCCAUAAAAAAUCAAACUUAAAACGUACCAAGGAAAAUAAGAAAUUAAAUCGAUCCAGGAUAAAACGCAUGAAAUCAACAAUCUCAUAUGACAAAAAUUAUGAAGGUAAUAUGAAAAACAAAGAAUCCCCCAAAAGUAAUCAACAUAGGUCUUCUAGUGGUGGUGAUUCUGACUCAGAUUAUUUUGAUGGCGACUUUGUUAACGACCAUAACUAUGUUUCAGAAACUGAUCAAAAUAUUAGCAGCCAGGAACAAGACAGUAACAGUAACAUUAGUAAUGAAUCUGAACAUGAGGUUGUAAAUCAAGACAUCAAUGAACACACUGAAGGUAAAAAUCAUAUUGUAUUGAUAAUUAAGAAAACCGCGGGCUCCCCCUCCUCCUCCAACUUAAAAACGAUUUCCCCAUUUAAUUCCUUAACACACUUGUCAUCAGAUAAUGAGUACAGUCCUGAGGAAAAAGCAAACCUUAUAUUUGUUGCAAACGAGGUAAAAAAUGAUAGUAGUUGCCUUAAGUCUGAUAGCGAUAUAUAUAAGGAGAGCGAAGGAGACAUCAAAAUGUCAUCAUUACGACAACAAAAACGUUUAAGAAAGAAACAAAACAAGGAUAAUGUAACAACUCAAACUCAUAAACUACAUAAUACUUUAUUUUAUCACGAAGAACUAUGUCCGAUGGUUUGGAAUGGUUCUCAUUGCCACAAAGAACGCAUAUUUCAAAUAAGCAGCUGUAGUUCUGGUUGUAGUGAAGACGAAGAAUCAUCUAAUGUAAAUUUUACUGAGAAAUGCACUACAUCUUCACCAUCCUCAUCGACAUCAUCAGAGUGUUCUGACAAUAAAUACGAAGGCCAUAUGUUAAACUUGCAACAAGAUAUUAUACAGUCAGAGUUUUUAAAAAGGUGUACUAUACAAAGGGACAUAGAAAUUGAGAGUAUGGUGCCAGAAAAUGCAAAAAUCCAAAGCGAAGACGAAGAAGGCCAUGAUGAUGAUCUACCAGAAGAAAAUAAUAAUAUGUUAUUAUCUUUCAAUAAUAUAUGUAAUAAAUAUACCCGCGAUGAAAAUGCUGACAGUUAUAAACAACCACAAGAAGAAAAUAAAGACCAUGAUGAAAAUAACAUGCUGAAGCAGCAACAAAAAAAAUGUGAUGACUAUAAUAAUUUAAAUAAUAAUAAUAAUUUUAAUUUAAUUAAAUAUAUUGAUAAUAAAACUAGUUCUGUUAAUAAUAAUAAUAAUUCAUGUAGCAAUAAUUACUCAGAUACAAACAUCGUCAUAAGCAGCAGUAGUUGUAGUCAUAAAAAUCCCACAAAUUACGCUCUUGUUAACCAUAAAAAUCUCAAUAACAACGACAACAAUAGUAUGAAGGAGGAACAAAUAAAGCCACUCAAAGAAUAUCAAACUGGCAUACGUGCCGUAGAUGAGGAUGUUAAUGACGAUGAUGGUAAUAAUUGCGCCCGUUUGCAACAAUUUAAAGAAUGGCAUGAAGUUCUACAACUACGUUCAUACAACGAUGAAUUAUUAACUGUUUUGCCAUAUGUUGUACUUGAAUAACUUAACUUGUUUACAAUUAUUUUUCUAUUAAAUACAUUUUUGUAAUUUUAAUUUCGGAUUCUUGUACUUAGUAUGCCCUUCUUGAAAAAAACAUAAGACAAAAACAAAACAAGCCAUAUUUCUUUACAAAAAUGUAUAUUUCAUAUUCGUAUAAUAAAUUUUUAUGAGCUCAGGGAGAUUAUAUUUAAAACGCAUAAAAAUCAGAAAUUUCGUUAACAAUAUUUUUUUUUAAUUCUUAACAUAAAAGUCUAUGAUAAUUAUAAGGUACAACUUAAGAAAUGUGUAAAAAUGUAUUUAUUAUUUUUCUUUGUGAUUUUUGGACUCGAUUGGGAAAUAUUUUUUAAAUGUAGGCAUGUUUGUAAAAAAUAUUUGUUAUUUAUAAUACAAUAUUUCAAAUAUUGAGUCACUAAAGCCUCGUAUAUAAAAUGAUAACACUUGUUAUAUUCAAAAAAUACUGAAUUGUUUUCAAAAUUUUGAAAAAAAAAAAUAAAACAAUUUUAUUCGACGAAUAUGAAGAAACUAUAUUCGAAUUAACCAAAAAGUUAUCACAGUCGACUUGUACCUUAUAAUUAUUUCGUAUAAAGUUUUUAAAACUUUUAAUGUAAUAUUUACGAAUAUAAAAUUGCAUCGAAUAUUUUGCAUCCAAAUAACUUGUCCAUAUAAUUUAUGAAGUAAUUUGAAAUCAUUUUUAGAUCAAUGUCUUGUGUCAUUAUGAAAUUUUUCUUGUUUCCAAUUAUUUUAAAGGGUAUAAUUUGUUUGUUAACUUGUUCAUUUAUUUAAUGUUUGAUCUUAAUAUCAAACGAUCCAAUUUCAUUAUUUAAUUUUAGUUCUAUUUUUUGCUUGUUCUUAUUUAUUACUUUUUUAAAAAAUAGCUUUUUUAGUUUUUUAUUAUUUUUCUUAAUAUAACGUUCAGAAUAUUUUUUAAAUUUUAAAACCUAAAUGAUUUCUUUCACAUUUUGUUAAAAUAUUUUUAGUUUUGACCAAAAUAGUUAUUUAAAUUUUUUAUACAGAAUGGCUUCAGUUAUGUUUUGUAUGAAAUUAUUUUAUAUCCAAUAAUUAUUUUAAAGGGUGUAUCUUGUUUUUUAUAGCUCGUAUGUUAACUUGCUCAUAUCUUUAAUGUUUGAUGGGAUUAUCAAACAUUCCAAUUCAAUAAUAUAAUUAUAGUUUUCUUUUUUGCUUGUUCUUAUUUAUUAAUUUUUGAAUGAAAAUGCUUUUAGUUAUUUUUAAUAAUUUUUGAAUUUUCUUUUAAUAUUCUUAAUAUAACAUUCAGUAAUAUUUUGUUAAUUUUUAACAUAUUUUUCUGUUUAUGUAAAAAUAUGUUGAGUCAUAUAGUUUUUUAGACAGAAUGUGUUGAGUCAUAUAGUUAUUCUUUAGACAGAAUGGCUUCUUUUGGGAUUUAAAAGAAAAACGUGAAUAAGAUUUCAUUUCUAAAUAUUUUUCAAUUUAAAAUCAGACUUGAAUUUAUUUGAAGCAUAAUCUCAAAUUUAAAAUUAAAAACGCCAAAGAUGAGAAAUCAUUUUAAACGUUCGAAAUUUACAAAAGUUAGAAUUACAUUUAAUUUGAGCUAAAAUUUUUGGAUUUGAUGGAAUGUAUAAGUUGUUUUUGUUAUUAGUCUUAUUAUUAACCAUCAUAGCAUAAUAAUACUCUCGAUUUUUCAACUUUUUUUUUGUAAAACAAACAUCUCACUAUAUAGUUCAAUCUAUUAAUAUUUCUGAAUGUAAUAUAUCAAUAUGUUGUCGUUAAAACUUUUCUAUUUUAAUAACUUCUUUAAUCUUUAAUAAUAAUUUAGUUUCGUUUAUUAUAGUUUAGUUUAGUUAAAAUCUUUGCAUUUUUUUAUUUCUUAUCGGUCAUAUGUUUUUGUUUACUUAAUUGAUCAAACUAUUUUAUCUAUAAAACACAAUACAAUUUUUUUUAAUGAAAUAACUUAUUUUUUCACGAUGAAUUUCAGCUUGAAAACAACUGUAAUUUUUACCAAUAAAUUAAACAAACAAUAAGCUUUUAUUUAGUUUUAUAUUUUGCGUUUUUAAUUAUAUUUGCACAAAAAAAUUCUUAAUUGUUUAACAAUAUUUAUCUAACAUAUAGAAUUUUUGAAAUAAAUAUUUCUUAAAAUGUUCAUACAUAUCUGAAUAAAAAUUUUUGAGUAAAUGAUUUUACCAAAAAAAUAUUAAUUAAAUUAUUUUUACCAUUUAAUUGAAUUGAUUCAUGAAACACAAAUUAAAUUUACUCAAAUACAAAUAGUACCAUAUUAUUUUUCAUUAUUACAAGAAUUACGGAUCAAAAACCAGUUCUUGCUGCCAGUGUUGAAUUCUAAAUAUAAUGAUUGAUAGAUAAAAUCGUUUGAAACAUUAAUAAAAAUUUAAACAUUCUCAAUAGAUCUUAAAACUGCAUGUAGCUUCAUUUGAGGUUCAUAUUUAAACAGAGUUGUUUUUGAGUAAAAUGGCAAAUAAUUAAAGUUUUAGUUUAUAAUCGACUUGUAAAUACUAAAUAGUUUAUAUAUAAAAAUUAUACGGGUAUUAACAUUUAACAACUACUGCUGCUUUAUAUGUAUAACAUUUAAAAAUAAUAUAUACACAUCUAUAUAUACAACAAAACUUAUACAAGAACAAAAAAUAUUAAAAUGAGACUAUUGUAUACUGUUUUGAUGAAAUGUAAAUGAAUUUUUUAACCUUGUUUUAGUGUCAAUAUUUGUUUUUUUUUUUUCUUUUUUAAUUAUUUUUAAAACAUUUAUGAAUUUCGCUCAUUUUCUAAUAUUUGGAUUUGUCUUAAUAAAAUAUUAAUUAAUACAUGUUACCUAAAUUUACUUAUAGUACUGAAAAUGUAAUCCUAAAAAUAAUAAUACUUUUGUGAAUUACGAUAAAUUUGUAUAAAGAAUAUGUUGAUUUAGGGAAUGAAUUAAUUUUUAAUAAAAUUAUAAUUAAAAA